AUGGCAAGCUGGGCGAAGAGCGGACGAGGAGGCGCGCUUUCGCCUCAACAAAGUCCACCAUCUCCAAGUGCCGGAGUGCCAUCGCCCUCAGAGACCAUGAACAGAAGCAGCAGCAUCAGCAUCGGUAACAACAGUGGCAAACACGUCGACGAUCAGCAACAGCCGACGUCCGUCACCAACAAAGAAGGCAAGACGACUAGACCAGGAUCCAGCGGUGCUCGAUCCGGUGGCAGCACCUCACCCAAUAUCGAAAAGCGCACAAGCGACCGCCGAACAGCCCAGCCUGGUCCGUUUGGACGCACUUCAAAUGGAGACGAGGACCGUCACUAUGCCAGCCACUUCCAAGAGCAACAGACGAUAGAGCACCAAGAGUCACGGCACCUUGAUGCCACGAGCCCACAACACCAGCUGAGCGACUACCGCCAGAGGCUGGCUCGCGAGAUGUCGGCACGAGUGAACAACCAAACCUCGCCUGUGACGAGCCCGUUUGCAAAGCGCCCUUCACCCAUCGAAGAGGAGAAGGUCUCCGCAUCAGGCUCGCCAUCGGCGCCAUCGGCACCAUCUGCGUCACCAACAAAACCCACCGCUCUGCCUUCGGCCCUUGCUUCUACGCCAGCAUCCGCAUUGCUCUCCUCCUCGUCUUCCGGUACGACAACCUCUACCGAUUCAGCCCGAACCGUGCGCGCGGCUGAUCCUGGCAAGGGGGUCACGGCCCGGACGCCUUCAUACCCGUUUCCUCGCAUGGCGAUGCCCAGCGCUAGUAGAGACCCUUCGUUUGUUUCAACAGCCGCUUGGUCUGCGCAUGCCCGGUCAUCACAGGCUCGGCUGCAGUCGGAUCGCGACAGAGGUUCCUCUGGUGCAGGUUUCGAAUCUGAGCAAAAGUCGACACAGUCACGAUCGGAACCACAGCGCCAGGAGUCGGCCUACAGCUUUCGGUCUGACCAGGUGCUGUCGAGCCCCUCGACACCUGCCUCUGCUGUCACGUUUCUGCCCAGCAGUGCUCUCGGCCGUGACCCUCAUGGCGAGGCCGGCAAAUAUGCGACCCUCAACGGGAGCCACUACCUCGAUCUUCACGAUUUUGAAACCCCCAAUUUAUAUGAACUUGCACUCGCCUUAUCCACAGAGCCCGGGUUGGAUGCGUGGUGGGACGCCAUCGUGCAGAUUGCCACCCAGUGGUACAAAGCCGAGCGCGUCGCUCUCGUAAUCCCGUCUGAUUCGACCGACGUCGAGAACAUGCCGUGGGGUCAAAAAGCGACUUUUAAGAUUCGCGAGAAAGACGAUGAACUCAGUUUGGGCUACAUGGGGCACGACAGUCUCGUUGCGGCGACAACGGACCUAGGUUCCGAUGCCACACCACUCCUCUCCACCUCGGGCAUCCUAUCUCCUCCCCCACCGGCCCCUUCUCCGGCGCCAGCCGAACAACUGCGCCGCCCCAACCUCACUGCCCGUUAUUCAUAUACGACGUACGAGGAACGAAAGGAGAACAACCAGCUUGACGAUCCGAAGCCUGGAGCCGGCGCUGGCCAAACAUCCGCAGCACCGAUUCGUCCUUCGCUUUCAAGAUGCCAGACGUCUCAGCCGGUCGCCACGCAGCGUACCGAUAUCCCCAAGGCUGACUGGCCGGCCGAAAUGCUGCCGCCCAAGCCCUACACCGCUUUGAAACAUUCCGUCCUUGAAGAGCACGAUGCUACGGAAGAUCCUCAUGAUACGACAACGUACGUCACCGGAUCGUCGCUCCAGCAACAGUCCGAGACCAGGGGUAGAGUAUUGCCAGUCCUCCAGGCCCUCGACUACGAAGCGGACCCGUUGAUCGACCACAAUGGCGUGCAACGUGUACUGGACCGCGGCCAUGUCGUCGCACUGACCCGUUCGUAUCCGUAUAUUACGCCCAAGCAGCCAGAGACACCAGCGCCCGCCCCCAUCACCACGCAAAAUCAACAACCGCCAACUCCAGAUGGCGGGGAUGAAGAAACGAUGGCGAACACAAACUUGUCGAAACUGGCCAACGAACUUGCCAGUGGUUCCAACCAGCGUCUUCAGCAAGGGUCCCCUCUGAAACUCUCGGCACUCCUCGGGACAAGUGGGCUGCCACCUACAAAAAACUCGAAUGCCAGGCCGAGCGCGAGUUACAUGAGACGACUCACAGGCGCUAGCAUUGCGUCAAAGCUAGAAGAGGCGAAACCUCAGCGGUCCAAGUCGCCGCUGUACGAAGAGUACGAGCAAAUGCCGCCUUCACCAUGGUCGCAGUCACCGGCACCGUCUCCGGCGGUACGCCACGACCCCAAUGAGAACCCGUUCUUUAGCGAUACCGUCGUCGACGAGGACAGCUUCAACCCUGCCUUGUCACCGGAAGACUACAAGGAAGCACGGCCUCUGGAGGCCAUUGGUUUCGACAAUGCCUGCACUGUCCUUCACAUUCCUCUGUACCACCCCUUGCUCUCCAAGACAGCUCAGCCUUUCCGUCUAGAUAAAUCGAAAAUGGAACGCCGGUCAUCACCGAGACGCGACAACGACAGGAGCUCGGACCAUUCCGUGGAGACGUCUCCAAGCCGACGAAAGGAAAUGCCCAUUGCUAUAUUGUCCAUUUUGACGCCCAUCAUUCCCUAUCCAUCCAAACUGCGCUACUCUUUGGAGCAUCUGGCGCCUCAUAUGGCUACAUCGUUCUCUCUCUGCGUCCAUUACUCGAACCUCGAGGCGGAGAUCAACGGCUUAAACCGUCGCCGGCAUGAGAUGAGCGGCUUUGGUGCCGUCGACACCGAGGGUCAUCCCUUACCUACGGCAUCUGCGUUUAUGAACACGCCGUACUUGCCAUCGGAGGAUCACAUUUCGCAUCGCUCACAAACCGGAAGCAUGACGAGUUUCAGCGACUACUCGGCAAGAUCACGGAGCAUCGCCGGCUCUCCUGGCGGCACACCUGGCUGGGACUCGGCGGCCUUGAACGUGUUCUUGGAGCGUCGUGCGAACACCGGCACUGGUAUCAGCCCCAGCAUCGCUUCGCUCACCGGUGACGGCUACUUUGGUAUGCGAACAAGCAACAUGGGCGCCUUUGGCCGGCCAGCUACGACACCCGGAGGUACUAGCAGCAAUGGCGGCGGCGGCGGCGGCGGCCCUUCAGCCAGGGAAAGAGGUAGAAAGAACUCCGUCUCACAUAGCGAGAAGCGCUUGUCUGCUCUUCGCCUGCCUGAAGUCACUCUCUCGGCUCAGGAAGAGCGUGUGGGCAGUCCUCUGCCCGACCUAUCGACAACAGCCAACCUGCCAGCCGCCCUCUCGUCCCCUUCGAUCAACCGCAACGAGGACUCGCCUGCUUCUUCCCAGCAAAUCUCUAGAGGCUCCGGUACAAUGUCGGCUGAGACUGGUGUGGGAAGUUCGACGGAGGCACUUUCCAGCUCUGCAAAUAGUCGAACAGCGCAUCCGGCUCCUGCCUUAAUUGGCGACCCUGUGCCCCCUCUACCACCAAGCGACUCGAAGAAGCGUCCCGUUGAGAGAGACGCGGUCGUCUCGGAGGAGCUGAAGUUGGCGUUUUCGGAUCGAGCACCGCCGGUGAGCCCGGCGGUCCAUACGCCUGGUGGCACACCCCACCAGCGGCAUCCUCGCUUCCAGCACCAGCACAGCCAUAGCCAUGGCGGACACAGCCAACUACACUCCUAUGGUGCCGAUUUUGCGUCUACAUUUCCAUCGCUCCCCCCAGUGGGACCGUUGCGCCCUGUGGACAUGCCGCCGCCCUCGGAUCGACUCAAGGGCCUGAUCCUAGACUCUCUACCGGCCCAUGUAUUCGUCGCCAUGCCUCAAACGGGAGCCAUCGUUUGGGUCAACAGUCGCUAUCUCGCAUACCGUGGCCAGACGGUAGAGGGAUUGGCGGAAGACCCAUGGGGCAGUCUUCACCCCGACGACUGCGACGAGUAUCUCAAGGCUUGGAGCCACUCCGUCCGUACCGGUGACCAGUUCUCCCGCACGGUGCGGAUCCGCCGCUUUGACGGAUCCUACCGCUGGUUCCAGGCGCGGGCGGUUGCUUCACGCGACCGGCGCAACAGCAUCAUGCAAUUCCUGGGCUCGUACAUGGACAUCCACGACCAGCACAUUGCAGAACUUAAAGCAGCCCGCCAAGAAGAGAUUGAAGCAUCCGAGACAAAACAUCGUAUUCUGGCCAAUCUCAUCCCACAAAUCAUCUUCACCGCCAACGAGGAAGAGGGCGUCACCUUUGCCAACGAGCAGUGGCUCUCGUACACCGGCCAGAGCUUCCAGGACCUGCUGGGCCUUGGCUUCUUGGACAACGUGCAUCCCGACGACCUGGCCAAGUGCAGCUUCCUACCGGUGCCCGCGCAUUUGCAGGAGCGCCGGAAGCGGCUGUUGCAAUCUGUGUCGUCGCCCCUCUCCGCUCGAGGCGCCAACAAUGUGGGCGACCGGGACCGGAAGACAGAAUCGGGCAACGAUGAAGAGCUGAGUGAACUCGCCGAGCUCGCUCGCCGUGGCAUCAUCCUAGUAACAACGGACGACAACGGGCGCCCGUCAUACACAACUGAAGUACGCCUUCGGUCCAAGACGGGUGAAUACCGCUGGCACUUGGUGCGCUGCGUGGAGACGGGCACGGUGGACUUUGGCAAGGGCUACAACUCGUAUUUCGGCUCGGCCACCGACAUCAACGACCACAAGCUUCUGGAGACCAAGCUGAAAGAGGCCAUGGACUCCAAGACACGGUUCCUGAGCAAUAUGUCGCACGAGAUUCGCACACCCCUGAUUGGCAUUUCCGGCAUGGUCAGCUUUUUGCAAGACACGGUCCUGGACGAAGAGCAGCGCGACUACACCAACACCAUCCAGACCAGUGCCAACAGCCUGCUCAUGAUUAUCAACGACAUUUUGGACCUCUCCAAGGUCGAUGCCGGCAUGAUGAAGCUGAGCUUCGAGUGGUUCCAUACGCAGUCUCUCAUUGAAGAUGUGAACGAACUCGUGUCGACCAUGGCCAUUGCUAAGCGCCUUGAGCUGAAUUAUAUUGUCGACGACGACGUGCCCUCCUGGGUCAAGGGCGACCGUGUGCGCAUCCGGCAAGUCCUUCUCAAUGUCAUUGGCAACGCCAUCAAGUUUACGACCAAGGGCGAGGUGUUCAGCCGGUGCCGGAUUGUCAAGAACAAGAGCAAUGCAGGGGCAAACCAGAUCGAGCUCGAGUUUUCCGUCACCGACACAGGGCGCGGCUUCACAAAGGAAGAGGCCGACCUCAUCUUCAAACCCUUCAGCCAGAUCGACGGCAGCAGCACACGGCAGCACGGUGGCAGUGGCUUAGGCCUCGUCAUCUCGCGGCAGCUUGUGGAGCUCCAUGGUGGCACAAUGAACGGCUCGGCCGUCCCUGGCAAGGGCUCAACAUUCACCUUUACCGCCAUCUUCAAUCUACCGACGGAGCAGGACCACCCGGACGGCCACUUGACGCCGUCCGCCGAGGCGAAUCCGAAAGCACCCAACCUGACCUUGACGGCGAUGGGGCUUGCCACGCCAUCGUUCAUGGAUCCGGCCGCCAUAAUUGCCGCCGCCGCAGCGUCGGCAGCAGGGGCUGGCUCCACCGGGGUGUCAAGCGCUCCGGUGGAUGUGGAGCCGAACGCGACGGCGACGGCGACGGCAUCACCAGCAGGCGGCUCGAGCGGAAGCUCAGAUCCUUCCAUUGCGUCGAACAAGUCGCACCCGCUAUCAGAGCGUUCGUCCUCCAUAUCCUCCGUGAAUACGAAUACGGGCGGGCUCACACACUUCAGUGAAGCCGCUCGUGCCAGCGGACAAGACGUAUCCCACAUGAAGUUCAGGGUACCACCAAGCGGCAGCGACGUCCCGUCGCCUCGAUUGCCUGCACUGCCGGUGCCAAGGAGCAGCGAUACGACCACCACGGCGACAGAAGCGACAGGCGCUUUCGCAUCACGCACCGGGGCAGCAGAGACGAAGCCGGCGGUGCCCAAGCGCACCCUGAGUCAGCCCUCUUCGUUUUCCAUCUUGAUCAUUUGCCCCCAGACGCACAGCCGCGAAGCGACCGCACAGCAUAUCGAGACCACGCUGCCCAAGGACCGCCCGCAUAGCAUCACAGCUGUAGCGACAAUGUCCGAGGCACAAGACUUGAUCAAGACCGAGGCCAAGCCGUUUACGCAUGUGGUGGUCAAUCUCCCGUCGGCACAGGAGGUCCUGGAGCUUGUGGACCAGCUCGACCGCUCGACCAUGCUGGAGACAGCGCACGUUCUCGUCCUGUCCGACUCGGUGCAGCGCCAGGAAGUCAACAAGCUCGCCGCCGGUACACGGUACGAGCAGCGGCUCUCGGAGGCGCGCGUGAUGUACAUCUACAAGCCGGUCAAGCCGUCGCGGUUUGCCGUGAUCUUCGACCCCAAGCACGAGAGCGACAUCAGCAUCGACCGCAACCGGUCCAACGCGCAGCGGCUGGUGGAGACGCAGAAGAAGAGCUACCUGGACUUGUCGCAGCGUAUGGGCAACAAGGGGUACAAGGUGCUGCUGGUGGAGGACAACAUGGUGAACCAGAAGGUGCUCACAAAGUACCUGCGCAAGGUCGGCGUGGACGUGGACAUGGCGGCGGACGGUGUGGAAUGCACGGAUACUGUGUUUGCGCGGCCUCACGACUACUAUUCGCUGAUUCUGUGUGAUUUGCAUAUGCCGCGCAAGGAUGGAUAUCAAGCGUGUCGCGAGAUUCGCGGGUGGGAGGCCAAGGGCAACUACAAGAAGAAGAUCCCCAUCAUUGCACUGUCGGCCAACGUCAUGUCGGACGUUUACGACAAGUGCAUCGAGGCCGGGUUCAGCAAGUACAUUACGAAGCCGGUCGACUUUGUUGUACUGAGCCGGGCGCUGGCCGAGUUCUUUUGA